AUGGAAAAAUUGGCCAGCGCUUACAAUCGGGAUGACAUCCCAACCUGCGCGUCGCUAGUGUCGCAACUCAAGCUUAAGCUAACACUGCUGCCAUCUCUACCCCCGCUGUACGAGCAGUCGCCCACGGCUCAGGAAGAGCUCCUGCUUGCACGCGAUGUGAUGGAGCACGCGGUGCUACUGAGCGUGAAGCAAAAGGACGAGGCUCUCUUUGAGCGCAACUACCUGCAGCUACGCACCUACUACACUGACACCAGGAGCAUCCUCCCUGCUUCUGAGAACGAGCCUGUCAUUUUGGGCCUGAACCUGCUGCGCCUGCUGGUAGCAAACCGUAUUGCAGAGUUCCACACCGAGCUGGAGCUCUUGCCAGAGGGCCUGGACGAGAAUCCGUGUGUGAAGACAGCAGUGCAGCUGGAGCAGGCGCUCAUGGAAGGGGCGUAUGCGCGUGUGCUCACCACACGUCAUGCGGCGCCCCAUCCACUGUUUGCUCACUUCCUGGACCUGCUCAUGCGGACUGUCAGAGAUGAGAUAGCAGGGUGCAGUGAGAAGGCAUACGAGUCUCUUGAAAUUAAAGAUGCAUGCCAACUGCUCAUGUUCACCAAUGAAGCAGAGCUGAAGCCCUAUGCUGAGCAGCACAACUGGGAGGUUCGUGAUGGUUCUGUAUACUUUCAGCGCCCACAGCAGCAGCAACCGCGUGAUAGAAUGCCAUCCAUGCAGCUUGUGAGCCAGGCUUUGGGUUAUGCUAGGGAGCUGGAGCGCAUUGUUUGA